CUUUUAUUUUGAAGACACAAUACGGGAGCUUCCGGCCUGCGGUUAUGGAGUCAUUGGAGUGCCAUACAAAAGAAUACAGCUGGAAAAGACUCUGCAGGAGGGACCGGGCUGCAGGCUGACCUCACACACCGCCUCUCGUCACCCGCCUCCAGCCUGAGCAUCAUGCGGGACCCGCGGAACUGGACCCCCACAUUCGGCCCGGCGGAGCGGGGGAAACCGGCCACCUACACCGGGGAGAAGAAGGCGGAGCUGGUGGCCAAAGCCAACAGGAAGUGGGUGAGACUGUCCACGGUGGGGCUCUAUGUGCUGUGCGUGUCUCUGGCUGCCGUCCUUCUGGCGGUUUACUACAGCCUCAUCUGGAGACCCGCCCCGGGACCCGGACUGACCCGGACCGGAGGACCGGGAGGCUCCAGGACUGACAUCUCUGAUCCUAAACCCGGGAGUGCUCAUAGAAAUAAUCAGAAUAAGACUAAAAGUAAUAUUUGUCAUAAUGACACGAUAAAUAGUUCCAUUAAUAUGAAUGAAGACACUGAGCUCAGCAGGUCCAAAGUUCUGAACACAGAUGCUGAUGAUGACAGUAAUAAUACUCACAGUACCAGCUCGGACUCUCCCGGGAGAACCGACAGCCCGACCGGGAGCGCCGGCCCGGCCGAGCCCCCUCUGGCCGGACAGGGCUUCACCUCCCCGGCUCUGACCACCGCGGAGGAUCCGUCCAACCUGCCGACUCACCGGGCCCCGCCGGCUGGUGUCGGCUGGACGGGGACAGACUCCUCCGGGUCCGGGUCCGGGUCCCGGGAUGGAGGAGCUCAGUGACGGGUUAUUACCGGGACACUGGUGACUCUUUCAAAAUAAGAAGUGACUUUAUGUAUCGUGUGGAUGUAGUUUAAUGAAGGGUCAUUAUUAUUACUU